AUGAGAAGGUUGGAUAAUAUAAUAAGUAUCUAUAUCUAUAUAUUGAUAAUUUGUGGAUGGAAAAUUGUUAAUACCAAGAAGGAUGAAGGUGAGGAUACACACAAUAAUUUCAAAGUAAUAACGGUAAAUGGUUCUGAUUACAAUGUAAAUGAUACUAGUAAAUAUUAUAUUGAAGAACAAGAUUACAUAACAAAUUAUAAAUUCAAAAAUGAAGGUAAAUGUGUAGAGAUUAGGUACGGAGAUUCUCCAAUUUGGAAAAAUUCUAACAAAAAUUUCAAUAUCUUUCCGAGAGGAAUAACUUUAAAUUUUUUUUCUAAAACUAUGUUGGUUGAAUACACCAACAAUUGGUUGUAUAUUUACAAACACAAAAAUAUAUAUGAAUUGAAUUCAAAGAUUGGGGCAAAUGUGGUUGAUCCAUCAGAAAUAAACAUUGUAACCUAUGACGCUUUUGGUUAUAAGGUAAAUGAUGAAACACAAUAUCUGAAAAGGUGUAUUGGAUAUGUGUUAGGUUAUAACUUUAAACAGCACUCAAGAUGCGUUGAACUGAGAUACAACCAUAAUAUAAUUUGGAAACAUAAUACCGAAGAAUGUGGAACAGAAUACCCAAAAUCCAUGUUCAUUAAUCUCUAUUCUAAAAUCAUUAUGAUAAAUUUGGCUGAUGAUUGGUCAUAUUUCUCAAAAAAUAGAAGCGAUCCUAACUCAAGUAAAGAAUCAGAUGAACUGAACCAAAAUGAAGAUAUACUAUCCAAUAUUAAAUUAUUGACAAAAGGAUUGGAUAACAGGUUAAGGGAAAAUGACAAAAACUCUUACGAUAUCAUAGUAUACAAAAAUGUGUACGAGUUUAGAUUAAAGGAUAACGUAUGUUGCACCGAGGUGAAGUACAAGAAUAACGUAAUUUGGAAAUUCAACGAAAAUGAAUUGAAAAACAACUUUCCAAAAGCAAUAUACUUUAACACCUAUGCAAAAAUGAUUUUGUUAGAUUUAAAUAACAACUGGAGAUAUUUUUACAAAUACAAACAAGACCAAACCGAUUAUGAUAAUCAAUUUACAUAUACAUCGGUGAGUGAGGAAUCAGGUAAAUCUGAAGAAAAUAAAACCGCUGAUCAGGCGAUUCAAAACUACUUCAGUUACUAUGUAAAUGGGAAAGAAACAAAAUUAAUUUCCCUCGACAUCGCCAGUAAAGCUAGUACCAAUGAUUACGAUUACUUUGUUGAUGUGGAAACAAAUACUUCAGUGUAUAUUCCUAAAGAAGGUUGUUUGUUUUCCGUGGUUAAACAGAAAGGUUCAUGGAAUUUACAGAGCCCACUUGAAUUGUGGUCCUCAAAAUACGACAAUGUGAAUAAUGUAGUAUAUUCCAACCGAGUCGUGAUCUAUGGCUCAAACAAAAAGGAAUUUAACGUGGAAAUCUAUCUCAUUAACGGAACUAGGGCGAACUUCGAUGUUGAAUUUUAUCACUCUCCUAAAAAUAAGUCUAGACUAGAAACAUUAAAUAAUUUGCCUAUAUCUGAACAACCUAAAAAUAUAACAGUUUCAAUUGAAAACAGCGACAUAGGUUACAUUGUUGAUAUGAACAAAUUACACGAUAAUAAGCUUGAUAUAAAAGAAAUGACAUCUUAUGACUAUAGAUUUAGACAAAAUUCUAAGUGUAUAGAAUUUAAAAUUGAUGAUCAGUCUGUAUGGAUUAAAGAUACUUCAGAGAACAGAUUUCCAAAAUCGAUUUAUUAUCACAAGGAUUUGAAAUUAGUAUUUGUUGAAUUUAAUUUACAGACAUUCAACAUUUAUAAGUAUCUUAAUAAUGAAUGGAAGUUGGUAUAUAAUAAUAAAAUGAAAGUAGUUAUACUGGAUAUUAAUACCAAAAAGACGGCCAACGAAUUUGAAUAUUCCAAAUCAUCUAAGGUUGGAACAUAUGAAGCCAAAAACGAUUACAAGAUUAAAACUGUCAAAAGCAAUGACAAUAUUAUUUGGGAAACCAAUGAUCCUUCUGAAUUCGCCAUCAAGGUCAGUAUGGAUCCUGUUGCUCCCCUUGAAUCAAUAAAGUAUGUAAACAUAUUCUUAUGUAAUGGUUCUACAAGAGAAUAUCGUAAAGAUGGUAAAAAAUGGAUACAAAAUUAUGAACAAGAAGAUCUUUCUAACUCUUAUGAAUCGUUAGGAAGCCAAAGUAUAGAACAAAUGGGAGGAAAACAAGAUCAAUUUAAUCCAAAUGAAUAUCAAGAAUUAAGUGUGUCUAGUACAAUUAAGCAAGAAAGGUCCUUUGAUUCCAAUUUCUUAAAAAAUUUAAGAAUUAUAACUGCAGAUGAUUUGGAAGGUACUAAUCCUAAAGAAAAUGAUACUGAAAAGUACAAAAUAGAAUUGAACGCUCACUCUCAUUACAUAAUAUUUGCUGAUAAUUCAAACUGUAUUGAAAUCUUGUAUGGUAACGAAACUGUAUGGAAGUAUGAUUUCAAUAGCAAAAAUACACCUAAAAACUUGUAUGUUGAUUUAAAUUCUAAAAUGAUAGUAAUAAACUUGGGUGAUCAAAAUUCCAUCUCCUAUAAGUACAAUGAUAUAUUUGAUAGUGGUCAACAAAACAACUUUAAUCCGCCUAUAAAUCCAUCAUAUAAACCUCAAGAUAAUAGUACAAUUCUUGCUUCUCUGGAUCUUAAAAGUGUUGAAGGUACCAAUGAAUUUCAUUAUUUUGUUGAUUAUGAAAGUAAUACUGGUAUAUAUAUUCCAAAAGAGGGUUAUUUGUUUUCCAAAGUUUUCAGAGGAGGAUCUGGUCAAUCAGAUAAUCUCUGGGAAUCAGAUCAUUAUCCAUACUGUAACAGGGCAUUGAUAAACCCUAUUGACAAGGAUAUGUUUAAUUUGGAACUAUCACUUAUUAACGGAACCAAGAUUAAUAUAGACAAAAAUUCAAUAUAUCCAACAAUAAAUUCGGAUUCUGGUUCUAAACAGUAUUUACUUCAAUCAGAAUAUCCUAAUGAAGUAAUUGUUGUUACAAUUGAUGAUUCAGACCCUAAUAAUCCUGUUGAAAAUGAUAUUAGCAAGUUCGUUGUAAAUAAAAGUAUUUUCAAGGAUUCUCAAGGAUUGAAUAAAGUAUCUUAUGACUAUAGAUUUAGACAAAAUUCUAAGUGUAUAGAAUUUAAAAUUGAUGAUCAGUCUGUAUGGAUUAAAGAUACUUCAGAGAACAGAUUUCCAAAAUCGAUUUAUUAUCACAAGGAUUUGAAAUUAGUAUUUGUUGAAUUUAAUUUACAGACAUUCAACAUUUAUAAGUAUCUUAAUAAUGAAUGGAAGUUGGUAUAUAAUACCUAG